UCAUGUUUUUGUUUUGUUUCAAUCUUGCCUGCUUGCCCAAGCAACAGCACAUGCGUUGGGUAAUGUGUGUGGGUUGUUGUAUUGUUUUUUUUUUUAAUCAUGAAUGACACCAGAAUCACUGGGUUGUAAAACGGUUCUUGGAAUGCUGAGUUACAGGAAAGUGGAUGAAAGUUGUGACUUCUGAAGAAACAGCACCCAAUUUAAACACUUUCCUGUAGUGGAAGCCACGUGCAGCUCAAAUGCCUGGUACCAUCAUUAUUAGUCUCUCCUUUGUCUGUGAGAGGAGAAGAAUUAGAGAGCUGAGAGUUCAUCGUAGCUCAUCUGGUGAGGGGAUGUCCUUUGUUACGUGGCAAUUCAAAGCAUGCAGGUAAUGAAGGAGGAAUAUUAAUAACCCUGAAGGAUUAAGGAGCUUCCACGCACUGGGUGGGUGGUGAAGGUGCAGGGGGGACGCAGCACCUCCCUGACCUCUCUUAAGGCCCUCAGCAGGGAGACUGAGCUUAGUGGUUGGUGCUGCAGAGGACAGGCCAGCCCAUCUCUGAGCGCUCCCCAAUGUGAAGUGAUGCAUAUCCCCUCACUCUGCUUCCAGAGACCAACAUUUGACAGCAUGAGAAGGAGAGGGAGGAAACUUCUGCUUACUCUUACUUGCUUGGGGACCAGUUUCCAAAGACAGAACUUUGGAGGAGUUUUAACAGAAGAGAACUGAAGCCACUGUGGUGCCAGUAUGCGCAGUGUGGGUGAGCUCAGCUGUGGGUCUAUCAGCACAGCUUGUUCUGGUGUUCACAGCGUGCAGUGACCUUGUAGCUGUGAGUGCAGACCCUGAGAAGGCAGCUUUUGUGUGAGGCGAUGGCCUGAGGUCUGCAACACCACUUUCCACCUAACUUGACCAAGCACAGCUGCCUGAAACGUGCCAUCAGAUCUAACAGCACUGAUAAGCACAGCUUUAGUUCUUAACCACGUGAGAAGAAAUCACACUUCAAACUCAAGAACCUCAUGAGGUAAGGAAUGGCUUAUAACUUUUAUCCUGCUGGAUAUCCCUACACCUCAACAGAAAUCAUGGCAAACGUUUCCUGGACUGAAGGUGUCUCCAACAGGACAGCUGUCAGGUUGGAAGCAGACUUCCAGUAUUCCUUGUUUACUGUUAUUUACAGCAUUGUGUUCGUGCUGGGACUGAUAGAAAACGUCUCAGCUCUGUACCUCCUGUCUAACAAAGCAAGGCAUACAUCUCCUUCCUACAUCUGCAUGAUAAACCUAGCUCUGGCAGACACCUUGUUUGUUUGCAUGUUGCCUUUUAAAAUUCAUUACCACCUGAAUCGGAACAACUGGAUCUUUGGUGACAUGGCUUGUAGGAUCACUGGGACUCUGUACUACAUCAACAUCUAUCUAAGCAUUGUCUUUUUCACCUGCAUCUGCGUCGAUCGUUACGUUGCAGUGCUGCACCCCUUCACGUACAUCCAGAUCAGAGUCACUCACUACGUGGGGGUGGCCACACUCCUUUGGGUGGUUGCCCUGAGCAUCAUGGUUGCGCUCAUUCUCGGUGGCCCCCUCCACAACAGAGGGCCCAGGAACACCACCAUGUGUUUUGAGAACUUUGCAAGGAGCAGCUGGAUUUCUCGCAUGGCCCUUUACAACGUCCUGGCCUUGGUUUUUGGUUUUGUCAUCCCGUUUGCCAUCAUUCUGAUCUGCUACCCUCUCAUUGCGAGGAGGAUCUCCCAGAUCAAACACAGCAUUCGCAAGAGGAAAGCUCUGACGACCAUCUACAUCAUCUUGCUCAUUUGUACUUUCUGCUUUCUCCCAUACCACCUCACCCAUUUCCUCCACUUCUUAAUGAGAAUCCAGGUCAUCCAGAACAAGUCAUUUACUAACCUGAUCUACAAAAUGCGACGGGUCACCUUAGCCCUGGUGAGUUUCAACUGUUGCCUCAACCCUUUCCUGUACUACUUCACCUCUUCUAGCAGGACGUGGCACUUCAACUUCAGGUUCAGAUUCAGGUCUAAAAUGGUGUACACCAUCUGUGAUCAGAAACUCGGAGAGCACUCCUAUAUUUAUAAACUACACCAGAGAUGUGAAAAUAAAAAACAGAGAGAUGGAAUCAACUGACCUACUCCAAAAUCACACAGCUUCAGAGAACUGCUGAGUUUUCUACCCACAGAGUGGGACUACACCAUCACGAGAGGAAAGAAUUUAUCAUUCAUGAGUUACCAAACACCAGAAAGCCACGACUGACUCAACUUGCUUAAAAGCCAGCAACUUUACAGGAUGAGAUUUUGGUAACAGCUGAACAUCUUGCCAUCUUCCUAUGCCUUAACAAACAGGGGAAGGACUUCUAACACUGCAGGGACUUCUCUGCAACUAACCACAAAUGUUAUGGUCUGGACAAAAGAGGAUUUUUUUUUAAAAAAUAUAUUUUACUAGAACCUACAUCAAGAAGGUGCAGGUUUCUUUAAGGCUUGUCAGCUGUUAUUCAUGCUUCCCUCAAUGAAAGUGAAGCUGCUGGGUAAACAACAUGUUUAAAGCUUCAUACUUCUACCUACGUUAUAUUUCUGCUUUGCAUUUUAAUUUUGAAGCUUUGAAAGCUUCUUGUUUUGGCCCUUCAGCAAGAAGACUCCCUGAUAAUAACCUUUAACGACACCCUUAAUGGCUAAAGCCCAGAAAGCUGUUCUGCCCCAUGCACAGAACCCAGGCCUUCAGGUCAGUGCAGGGCUCACUGCGUGGCUGUUGCUUCUAGUUACAUUUGUGAACAAAAAGCUGGAAUGGCAUUGCUGAGGUUUUAAAGAAAAUGAGCUGUGGGAGUAAAAGAAUGCUGAAUCUCUUACCUUACUGUGUAAGUGAUGUGAAGUUUGUUCUUCAGGACUUCUUAAGAACAGGCUGCAGUGACAACCUAGCCCUGUUUCCAAAUAGAGGAAGACUGGUACUGCUGAACACUCUCACUGUGGCUAAUGAACAGACACUGAAGUUCCUUUUUCAAAUGUUUCUCUAGUUCUGUUUUAAUAACGUAAACAAAAUAAGAUCUGUACUUUUCUGAA